AUGUAAAUUACUCAAACUUAGUUAUUAGAAUGGGUAAAGGAUGGAAACAAAGUGACUUUGAAAAAACAUUUCGAAGAUCAAUUAAAGUUUUCUGAAGAAAAAUUGCAAGCAUUUUUUUCUAUGGUAGAUGAUUAAAACCGAAAUGUCGUACAUUGGGCUGCUUAUUUAGGAUAAUAUAAAUUAUUGAAGUGGUGGUGUAAAGAAUAUAAAUUAAUGAUUGACUUAAACCGAGGAGAUAUGCAUUCUUACACUCCCUUAGAAUUAGCUAGCAUUAAAGGGUAUGCAGUAUUUUUAAUUAUUCUAAAGGUAUUCUGGUGAGUAUAAUCCAGAAAAACAAGAAAAGACAAUACGAUUAUUAUUAGAUCAUGGUGCUCAAAUUCCAUAAUCUAAUACCUCUAAACCAAAUCCUUUACAUUGGGCGUUUUAUUAUGGAAAUAAAGAACUAGUCGAUUUUCUUAUCUCAAAAGAUUUUCAACUUUAAUUAGAAACUGAUUAAUAAGGCAAUUAUCCUAUAGAUUACUUGUUUUUAGAGAACAGGCCUGAUUAAUACAAGUAAAGAAUUUUCAUAUUUGUUAAUAGAAGAGAUGUUGGUGAAAUAUUUGAGAAUACAAUAAUUAAUUAUGCUUUGGUAACAACAAAAUAAACAUUGAAUAGAAAACCAAAGAAGAAGAAAUAAAGAUAAGCAACAAUAAUAACAAGUUAACUUCCUUUUAUUUAAACUUAAAUAAAGGAAGAUGAGUCAACACCUGAAUCUGAGCCCUCAAAAAAUGGUAUACCAUAUUCUAAUAUAUCGAAUUAUCAUAGAAGCCAAACAUCUAAUUCUUUCAUUUCAAAAAAUACAAUGGCUAAAAGUAAUCAAAAACCGACUUAGAGUUAACAAAUUUUAAUUAGGUUUUAGCAAAGGAGUUGUUGCAAAAAGAUAUAAUCAAAAAAUUUAGAUGAUAUAGCUGAUAUUCCUCUUUAUGAUGAUUCUCGAAUAGAAAUGAAAGAACCUGAGGAAGAGAAAAUACCUGAAAUAAAAGUAUUCAACUAAAAUCAAAAAAACACAAAUUCUAGUAAAAUGAAUACGGAUAAUAAUUAAGAAAAUUAGUUUAAAGCAGACUAAUGCAACAUUAUUAUAACAUAACCUCCUCCAUUAUUAAUUGAUUAAGAUUCUUCCCCAUAAAAAAAUUUACAUCCAAGAAAACAACAUAAAAGUAAUAAAUCAAAGGAAUCAAAUGUUGAUAAUUUAUAAAAGAAAAAUACUUUAAAAGAGAAGUUCAUCAUAUAUCAUAGUAAAGCAAAUCUUACAAAAAAUGAGAUAUAUGAAUGUAGACUAUAAUAUUGGUCUGCAAGUUAAGGGAAUACAGAAUUUUUUAUUUAUUUUUUAAGAAGGAAAUGUAAUCCUUUUGUAAAUGUGUAUUAAGGAUUUAAUUGUCUUCAUAUUGCAGCCUUUAAAGGGAAACCAAAAAUAUUAAAAAUAAUUUUAGAGAAUGAUUAUGAAUAUUAUGAUUAUUCUGGAGAGGGUAAUCAAAAAAAUAAAAAGUAAUUGAAAGAUCAAAUUUUCGAUAAAGUAAUUAAUUGAUAAUAUAAACUUUUUUAGAAAGAAUGUAUAAAUAUUUUAACAGAUUAAAAUCCAUCAAAUGCUUUACAUUUAGCUAUUGAAUAAGAGAAGUAUCAUUGUAUGAAAACUCUAAUUUUACAUGGAAUAUCAGUGGAUACAGUAAAUAGUCGAUGUUUGAAACCAUUCGAAUUAACUUUUAAUUAAAAAUUUAUGGAAUAUUACAAAGAAAACAUAUAAAUAAAAUAAUAAAUAAGUAGUUUAACUGAAUUGGGAUAUUAGUAUGUUAUUUAAACAAAAGGAACAUUGAGUGUAGAAUAAGAUAUAGUUUAUUUACAAUUAUAAAAUAUAAGACAGACAUUUAGAGAGAGAGGUUGGAGUUUUGAAUUUUUAAUAUUUCAUGCUCCAGAUCUGGAUAAAUUGGAAAAGUAUAGGGAUGAUGCUUAGACAAAAAAAGUGAAAUCUAUUUUCCAUUAUUAUGUAUUGAAAUUACCACCUGAUUCAAUUUAUAAUUUAGCAGAUUUAUAUCAGAUAUCAUGUUACAAUUUUUAAACAAAAGUAAGUUAGAUAUGUGAUUUUAGUAUAUAUGUUAAUUUAACUAUAAUAAGAGGGGUUUUUUUGAGUUUCCAAAAGAUUUAUAGGUAUAAAUGUUGAUAUUAAACACUUUGAAUGAUGAGUUUGAUGUAGAUAAGUUUGUAUUAGAGAAAUUGAUAAUAUCGCAUUAUCCUUUAGAGGAUAUAUAGAAAUGUGAAAAGAUAACAUAAUUUUGGGAUGAGUAAUAGAAUAAUUGUAUUCGUGAUUCGAUUCGAUAUGAAACUUAAUAAAUUGCAUUAAGACCAUUGCAUGCUGUGGCUUCAUAUUUUGGUCCAGUAGUAGCAUGGUAUAUAGCCUUAAAUGUGUAAAUAAUAGGUUGGUUAUUGAUUCCAUCAGUUUUUGGAGCAGCUUUAGGAAUAUAUAUUAUAAUAACAAAGGAAGUGAAGUAAAGAAUAUAAACAAAUAUACAUAGUUCUUCAAUAGUUCCAUUUUAUGCAUUGCUAAUGACAUUAUGGUCAACAUUAUUUAUGGAGAAAUGGAAGAAUAGGGAGUCUGAGUUAAAAUUUUGUUGGGAUAUGCAUAAGUUUAGAUAAACAUAGCCGUAGAGAGUGAUGUAUACAGGAUAGUAUAUAAUAAAUGAAGCAACAAAUAAGAUAUAAAUAUAUGAUUAUUUUACAACUUUUAAGAGGAGAUUAAUAGCUGAAGGACCCGUAAUAUUAAUAGGAAUAGCAAUCAUAGUAGUCAGUUUUUAUGCAUUUAAUCUUUGGUUAUAAGAGUGGAAAGGUCAUUCUAUAAUGCCAAUAGUGAUAAAUUCAUUGAAUGGAGUUUCAAUGACAGUGUUUUGUGAUUUAUACAAAAGAUUAUGUACAUCAUUAGUAACAUGGGAAAAUCAUAUGUAUGAGUCUGAAUAGGAAUACUCUUACAUUUUGAAAGUAUUUUUAUUUGAAUUUUUAAUAUCCUAUGUAUCAGUUGUUUAUGUAGCAAUAUUCGAAAAUGAUGCAUCAUAAUUAAGUGUAUCAGUUGCAAGUAUUAUUAUUACAAGAGGAGUGAUAUCUAAUGUGAAGAGUAACUUUUUACCAUACAUUCUAUUUAAAUAAGAGAAAAGAAUUUUAAAUAGUAAAUUUACAGAAUUUAAAUCUUUAUAUAUAACAAGAUCAGCAGAUAAAAAAUAAGUUCCAAAGAUUUGCAAUUAAAAUUUUAGUACUGAUAAAUUGAGUUCUGAAAUUCAAUUGUCUUUUCUUUAAGAACUAGAAGUAGGUAGAAUUAAACAACCAUAAAAAGUUUUAUAUGAUGAAUAUACAAGUAUUGCUAUUUAAUUUGGAUAUACAACUAUGUUUGCACCAACAUUCCCAGCUGCUCCAUUAUUUUUUAUGAUCAAUUGUUAUAUCAAUUUAAGAUGGUCUAUUUACAAUUAUUAACAUAUUUUAAAAAGAGAAAGAGCUUAAGCUGCUGAUUCGAUUGGAAUUUGGUUGUAAAUCUUUGAAAUCAUGAAUUAUUGUGCAACAUUUAUGAAUUGUAUAGUUAUUGGAACUGUAAAUAAGGAGUAAUUUAAAGGAAUUAUAGGAAAUCAAAAUGCUUUAGUGAGUGCCUUCUUCCUUGCUGCAAUCGAACAUAUCUUAUUACUUAUAAAAUACAUUCUUGAUGUGUCAAUUCCUGAUUGUCCAUAUUGGGUAGAAAAGGAACUAAGAAGAUAUGCAUACUUAGAAGAAAAAUACUAGAAAAAUAAUAUUUGA